AUGGCAGCCGCGAAGAGAGUAGCCGCUAACAGGGCAGCCGCUAACAGGGUAGCCGCAAACACAACGCUGCAGCGUGGGAGGCCCUUCAGCACAUUCACCAAACUGAGUAAAGCAGAAGAAUCGUUCGUAAUUAAGAAGGCGGAUAGGUACAUGAAUUAUGUGAAGGAGGGACAAGAAUUUAAAGUGGGAAUGUGGCUGAACACGUGCAGCCUGUUAAUACUAGGCAUGAUAAGCAUAGGAGGUUACACCCGCUUGACCGAAAGUGGCUUGUCAAUAACGCACUGGAAAUUUCAGGGCAUAAAAUACCCCAAGAAUGAAGAAGAAUGGGUGCGAGAAUUUGACAAGUAUAAAUUAACACCGGAAUAUAAAAAAGUGCAUUAUAACCUGUCCAUGGAGGAUUAUAAGAAAAUUUUUUUUAAUGAAUGGUUGCACAGAACAUUUGGUCGUUUUAUAGGAUUAUUUUUUGUGGGAGGUGCUAGUUUUUUUUUAUAUAAAAAUUAUUUAAAAAAAAAUAUGAUCAAAAAGUUGAGUGUCCUUUGGGGCUUAGGAACAUUUCAAGGAUUUGUCGGUUGGUGGAUGGUCAAAAGUGGGUUUGAAAUUCCGCAGACGGAAAAUAAAACCCCCAGGGUUUCUCCCUACAGGUUAGUCUUCCACCUCUUCUGCGCCACCCUAACGUACAGCUACCUUUUUCUCAACGCACUUACGCUGAUUGAGGUGGCCAAGAUGAGGAAGCAGUUUGCCAAGAGUCAAAUAGCCGAGUGGCCAGAAUUCCUGCGAAGUCAGUUAAUACACCAAACGUAUGAGCGGAGGAACGUUACAAGGGGGAGUAAGCUAGCCCUACUUUGCUUUUCCCUUCUCGUUUUUUCUAACAUUAUGUAUGGAGGUUUUGUGGCUGGGAAUGAUGCAGGGUAUGCCUACAACACGUGGCCAAAAAUGCUAGACAAAUUCAUUCCGGACGAUGUAAAAAAUUUUUAUUUUGGCAAGAAGAGGAAGUAUGAGCAGCUGUUUGAGAACACAGCGCUGGUGCAGUUUAAUCAUCGGGUGCUUAGCUACUUGGUUGUCUUGAAUAGCUUCCUCUUAUACUACUACUCGCAGAAAAUGACACUGAGCAAGAAAACCAAACGACUCUUCUUCGUGUUGCCCUUCAUCACAACUGUGCAAAUGCUCACGGGUAUUAGCACCCUCGUGCACCACGUGCCCGUCCACCUGGCCCUGGUGCACCAGUUCGGGGGCUUCUGCAUUUGGUCCACCCUGCUGCACUUGGCCAAGCGGGUGUUCCGCGUUUAG